AUGCAACCCAGCAGUUCCAGAAGGCUGCUAUCUCCAGCAGGUUCUGUUACCGCCGUCAAAACCCACGACAACUCUCAACAUGUGGACUAUCUCGAGAUGACCACCACAGCUCAGACAUUGCCUCUCUCGGAAGCCAAUAGCCCGAAAAUGUCCCUGUUCGCUGUUGUGCGACAGAACCCGCGUUUAUCGUUGCUGAGCUUUUGGCUGAUGCUCAUCUUCCUGCUCUACGGAGCCGUCUUUGGUGUCUCCCAGGAGACCUCCGUCACCGGCUUCAUCAUUCCCACCUCUUGGCUCUCCAUUUGGUCCGUCUCCGGCCCCCUCGGUAACAUGAUGGGCGCCUUCAUCAGCGGCUGGCUGCAGGAAAAAAUCGGCCGUCGUCCCAUCCUUGGCCUCUUUGGCGUCAUCCAAGCUGCUACCGUUGCCAUAUGCUACAUCGCUGAUCAGGCUCCCAGCGACAACGGCCGCCGCGGCCUCUACUUUGUUGGCAAGUUUACGCAAGGCAUUGCUGUGGGAUCCAUACUCUGCGUCGCCCAGACGUAUGUGUCCGAGGUCCUUCCACCUCUGCUGCGUGGGCCGAUGCUGGCUUGGCCGUCCGUCUUUACGGUCCUUGGGGAGAUUAUCGGCGCUCUGGUCAUCCGGUCGCGCGUGGAUGUCGCCGGUCCCGAGUCGUACCGAGUCCCCAUCGCCGGACAGUGGGCCUUUUCCGCCAUCCCCGUACUAUUGGUGGUAUUCCUGCCCGAGAGUCCUGCCUGGCUUCUCCGCCAGGGCAAGGAAGACGCUGCCGUGAAGGCCUCUCGCAAGCUCCAAGGCUCCCGCGCGCAAGCCGCCUCCGGGGACCAAGUGAUGGUUUACCUUUGCGAGGCCCUUGCUCUUGAGGCCGCCGAGAGCGCAAACCGUCUCGAGCAUUCUUAUCUGGACUGUUUUCGCCCCGCGCACGGCAAUCUCCGUCGCACAGCCAUCGUAAUCUUCACCAAUUUCAUCCCGCAGCUGUUUGGGCUGGCGUUCCUUGGCCACUUGACGUAUGUGCUGGAGGUGACGGGCAUGUCGGCCUCUACAGCGUCGUCGUGGUUUACUGCAGGAGCUGCGCUGAGCUUGGUGACAAAUCUGGCUGCCCUGUGGCUGCUGACCAAGGUGGGAAGGCGAUUUAUGCUGCUGUCGACGCUGGGCUUCAUAUGGCUCAUGUGGUUGAUGGCGGGCAUUGCCGGUGUCCUCAAUAGUGUCGCAUCUAGUUGGGUUCUAGCUAUCGCGGCAACCCUUCUCAAUGCCGCUGCUUGCCUGGGCGCGUGGCCCGUCUCCAACAUUGUCGCUGCCGAAGUCUCCAGCUUAAGCCUCCGUGCCCAGACCCAGGGCAUCAGCGUCUUUGUGCAUUCUGCCGUCACCGUCGUUUUUUCAUCCUUUAUACCCUAUCUGUACAACUCGACUGCUGCCAAUCUCGGCGGCAAGAUCGGUUUCAUCUAUGUCGGCUUCGUUACUAUUGCCAUUGUGGUAUCCUGGUGGAUUAUACCGGAUAUGAAGGAUCGCACGCCAGCCGAGAUUGAUGAGAUGUUUGAGAUUGGGCUGCCAGCGAGAAAGUUUAAGCAAUAUUCCUCUCUCGAUGUGGAUGGGAAAUUGGUACGCGUGGAGCGUUAA